AUGGAUAAGAUAUUGCGUCUUGUUUCUCAACGUUCAAAAACAUCAAUUGACAGUGAAGAUAAUGAAAAGCCAGCUGCAUAUCAACCACCAGCUGCAAUAUCAUCCAAAGAAACAAAUGAUAACUCCACUGAUCCGCCUAAUCCAACUCGAGAUCCACAUGUUAUACAAGAAUUAAUCAAUAGUGUUGACAGUGUCUAUUAUUCAUUGGCAUUCGACUCUGGAAAGUAUGAAAUUGAAAAUGUUGCCGGUCCUAAUUGUCGUGAAUUAGCUAAACUGAAGUUACGCCUUUUAGCAUUAGAUCGUCAAAAUAAAGCUGUCUCAAGACGUGUUUCUGAAUUAGUUCUAGAGAAACAUCCACGUUAUGAAGCUGAAUUGAAAGGUGUACUAUCUCUACAAUCGGAUAACUGGGAAACUCUGUGUAUGUGUCGACAAAUCAGAAGUUCAUUAAAACAAGCUGAUGAAUCCUUAGUCAUAUCUCGAUUAAUUGUACUACGUAAUUAUCGUAGACAAAUAAGAUUACAACAAACAUUAAAUGUUUUAUUUCAACUACGGAAUUUACAGAAUAACGUUCAUAAACUCGAUACACUCAUUAAGCAAGGUGAAUUUUACGAUGCUAUUCGGUUAUAUCGUGAAAGCCUUGUCCUACUGGAGGAUUUUCGUUCCUACCGAUGCAUCGAACCAAUUCACGUCAAACUGAAAGCAUCGAACUGCGUAUUGAUGAGAAAUUGGAUUCAGAGUUACAACGAAGCUGUGAACAUUUCGAUGAUAAAGCAUAUUCAACUGUACAACGUGCUUUUGAACUUCUAG